GAACCGAUAGAAUCGAACGAUCUGCGGCGGGUGAUGAAGACAAUCUUGUGCAAUCAAACGGUGAUUGGUGUCCCGUUAACGUUUGCUGGCUACUAUGGAACAAUCCGUGGUUCGGUGCCGGACGUACGCACGCUACCCUCGCCACUGUACAAACUGGUCCAUAAAAAGCACCACGAAUGGACGGCACCGUUUGCUUGGACCGCUAUGUACUGCCAUCCGAUCGGGCACAUCAUCAGCAAACAUGAUCCCGCCAAUGAUCGGCAUACAGCUCAUGAAGGCGCACAUCUUCACCACUGCCAUCUGGUUUCCGUUGGUAAUCCUUAACACGAUUCGGGAUCAUUGUGGCUACCAUUUUCCGUUCUUUCCCAGCUCCGAGUACCACGAUUAUCAUCACGCGAAAUUUACUGAGUGCUUCGGAACGUUCGGGUAUCUCGAUUGGUUGCACGGGACGGACCCAACGUUCCGGAAGUCAAAGCAGCACCAGCGUCAUCGUACACUUUGGGGCAUUAAAUCGGCCCGAGAGUUGUAUCCGGAUAGUUAAUCCGAAGCCACCUGUUUGCCAUCCAAAGCUUACGAGUGAGGGUGGUAAGGAAUACGUCGUACUAAAUCAUCCAUCGUUGUUUCGUCUUUCUAGCUGUUCUAUUUAAUUACAAACUCAUGUAUUCAAUAAAACCGUUUGGGGGCUCUUCAACCAAUACGCAUAAUGCUAGGAAACAUAGAAAGAAUUCGGCAUUUUUCUUGGACCUUUUCUCUACUCAUU